AACCAUCAUUAGAACAAUAUAAACAAGUUCCUCUAGAAGAUUUUUGUUGCAUUAAGAUAAAACAAAACAAUCUGGCCCCUAGUUUAGAAGUAAACGGACCUUUAAUUCUUGCAGAACUUUUAUCAGCAGCUGGUGAUUCGGCUUUACAAUUUCACAUUAGAGGCCGAAAUUUAAAAAGAUCAUUAAUUAUUCAAGAACCAGAGACAAAUAAUGUAGUAGAAAAACUGAAUCUGUUAAAACCACAUUGUGUACUUGAGAUUAUUUAUAAUUAUGGAGUUAUGAACUUGGGUGAUUGUUGUCAGAAAACUUGGUCAAAGCUAUCACAAUAUGAACCAGACUACAUCAGAAUACGAUCAAAAACAGACAAACAUUUUUGGGAUGAUGUUAGACAAUACAGAAUAACUGGUAGCAGGUGUUAUUCGUUAUACACAUAUAACAUGAAACCUAGAACAGAGGAAGAAUGGAAUUUAAAAGCAUCUAAGUAUUUUUGGCCUGUUAAAGUUUCUAAUAAAUUUGUACACCACGGAAUUAAGUAUGAAAAUACAGCUAGAAUUUUAUAUGAAAAAGAAACAGGUAUACAAAUUUUUCAAUGUGGAUGUAUUACAUGGCCAAAUGAACCAUGGUUGAGCUAUUCACCAGAUGGUUUAAUAGUAAAUGAAUUUAAUGUUCCUAUAAAACUCGUUGAAAUUAAAUGUCCUUUCAAAGGGAAAAGUAUG